UUGGAAAAUAGAAAGAAAUAAGGCAGAGCAAACCACACUAUGGUACAAAUUACACCCUACACCCUCAAAAUAGAUCUAACAUUGUAAACAUUUAUACACACACAGAGAGAGAACAAGUACACAGAUACAUCAGUGCAUAUCUGUAUCUAUAUCAUAUCUAUAUAUUUCUAGUUAACCUGUCUAUACAUAUGGCCCCUGAAUCAUUUCUCUGUUUCUGAUCUCUCUUUUUUAGACUCUACUCAAGCCACAUCUACAAACACAUGCAUAUACAAAAACAAAUACACAAACAAAGGAUAGCAUCAAACAGCUCUCACUUUGUGCUUUGACCCAAUCAAAGGUUUUUUGGGAGGUGCUGCUAAAAAGUUGGAAACUUUGGCUUCAGAAGGUGUUGAUUUUGUGCCUCGGAGUUGACUCAUAUUUGAAUCGUUGAUGUAUUAUCUCUGAGCGAAGGAAAUUGUUGGCUAAACAUCGUGGGAGUUUGAAGAUUCAAUUUUUGUUCGAGUCUGACGUGUCGUAUCAGAAUGGGUUGUUUCUGUUCAAAAUUGUCAUCAUGUUGUUGUAUCCCGGAGCAUAAUGGGCCAGUUCAUGAAACAAAUAAUAAUGACACUGAGGAGAAAAGCGAAGCCAGCGAUGUACCUGCAUUUCGCGAAUUUUCAAUUGAACAGCUGAGGAUGGCUACAUCUGGGUUUGCUGUAGAAAACAUAGUUUCAGAACAUGGGGAGAAAGCUCCUAAUGUGGUUUAUAAAGGGAAAUUGGAAAAUCAGAAACGUAUUGCUGUCAAGCGCUUUAACAGAUCUGCUUGGCCUGACGCCCGGCAGUUCAUGGAAGAGGCUAGAGCUGUUGGUCAACUUCGAAACUACAGAUUGGCAAAUCUACUUGGAUGCUGCUGUGAAGGCGAGGAGAGAUUACUGGUUGCUGAAUUUAUGCCCAAUGAGACUCUUGCCAAACAUCUAUUUCACUGGGAAACACAACCUAUGAAGUGGGCAAUGCGAUUAAGAGUUGCUUUAUAUCUUGCACAAGCGCUAGAAUAUUGCACAAGCAAAGGGCGUACUCUUUACCAUGAUCUUAAUGCCUACAGAGUUGUCUUUGAUAAUGAAAUCUUCACAAAACUAUUUUUUCACAUAUUACAGGAUGGCAAUCCUAGACUUUCGUGCUUUGGUUUGAUGAAGAAUAGUAGAGAUGGAAAAAGCUACAGUACAAACUUGGCGUUUACUCCUCCGGAGUAUCUAAGGACUGGAAGAGUCACCCCAGAAAGUGUAAUUUACAGCUUCGGGACACUUUUGCUUGACCUGCUCAGUGGGAAACACAUUCCACCCAGCCAUGCCCUUGAUUUGAUAAAGGAUCGGAAUCUCCAAAUGUUGACCGAUUCUUGCUUGGAAGGUCAAUUUUCCAAUGAUGAUGGGACUGAGUUAGUUCGUCUUGCUUCAAGAUGUUUACAGUAUGAACCACGUGAGAGACCAAAUCCAAAAUCCGUAGUUUCUGCAUUGAUUCCUCUUCAGAAGGAAACUGAGGUACCUUCUCACAUUUUAAUGGGCAUUCCUCACGGUGGAGAAAUUUUGUCUCUGUCUCCUCUUGGUGAAGCAUGCCUUAGAAAGGACUUGACUGCAAUACACGAGAUUUUGGAAAAACUUGGAUACAAAGAUGACGAGGGAGCCACGACUGAGCUUUCAUUCCAGAUGUGGACGAAUCAAAUGCAGGACACACUGAACUCUAAGAAGAAGGGAGAUUUGGCUUUCCGGCAUAAAGAUUUCAGGGUGGCCGUUGAUUGCUACACACAGUUUAUCGAAGGUGGAACAAUGGUGUCCCCGACAAUUUAUGCGCGUCGUAGUUUGUCGUAUCUCAUGAGUGACAUGCCUCAGGAGGCCCUUAAUGAUGCCGUUCAAGCACAGGUCGUAUCCCCCAUUUGGCAUAUUGCUUCAUAUUUACAAGCCUCUGCCCUCUUUGCUUUGGGGAGGGAAAACGAGGCUCAAAUCGCGCUUAAAGAAGGUUCCAUUCUUGAGGAAAAGAAGAACACAACCACUUCUUGAGAGGCCAUUGUGUCCAGGACAAGUGUAUNCAAAAAAAGAAAAAAAAAAU